AUGGCUCAUCAGCCUCAGAAACGACGCUUGACCCUGAGGUCUGCUUCAGACCAUAGAGAGCACAAGUCGCAAAAGACAUCUCGUGCUUCGUAUGAACAAUAUACGAUCGCCUGGAUCUGUGCACUACCAAAGGAAUUGACUGCAGCUCGAGCUGUGCUGGAUAAUGUCCACGAACCGUUGCCCAAGCAGAAAAACGACACCAAUUCGUACAUACUUGGCAGCAUAGGGUGCCACAAUAUCGCUAUCGCGUGUUUGCCAACUAAUGAGUAUGGAACAAACAAUGCGGUAAACGUGUUGACUAAUCUUACCCGCACGUUUACAUCGAUUUAUCUUAGUCUCAUGGUCGGGAUUGGAGGCGGGGUCCCGGGUGAAGACUUUGACAUUCGUUUAGGUGAUAUUGUUGUUGGUACCCGCGUGGUGCAGCACGAUCUCGGCAAGAUAACCGAAGGAGGCCAAAUUCAACAUACUGCAGUCCCGAGGACUUUGGCUCAUUCGAUUGGCAAAGCUUUAUCGAUUCUACAAGCGGAGCAUCAACCGCUUAGCAGCCGGAUUCCCCUCAUAUUAGAAGAAAGGUUCAGAGAGUAUCCAGCCUACGCCCGACCAACUACAGCAGAUCGUCUCUUCUCUUCCGCAUAUCGACAUAACUCUCGGGCACCAACCUGCGACAAAUGCAGCCCUUCUGCACUGGUACGGAGAAGCGAGCGGAGUACAGAUAAUCCAUACAUCUAUUAUGGUACUAUCGCCUCAGGCAAUCAAGUUAUGAGAAGCUCGACAGUUCGCGAUAAGGUCGCCCAGGAAUUGAAGGCCAUUUGCUUCGAAAUGGAAGCAGCUGGCCUGAACGAUAUUUGUCCCUCUCUAUCGGUGCGGGGAAUAUGCGAUUAUUCUGACUCUCAUAAGAGCAAGGAGUGGCAAGAAUAUGCCGCUGCCACCGCUGCCGCAUAUGCAAGGGAAUUUGUCGAAAAGCUUCCUCCUACAGAAGUAAUCACUGCAAGCACACCGGAGAGUGUUGGGCAGCAGGAUCAGUGGCUUCAGGACGAAAAGUACAACGAAUGUUUGCGGGAUCUGCGCGAGACUGAUCCUCGUGAUGAUAAGAGUCGUAUCGAACAAACAAAAGACGGGCUAUUUGAAGAUGCAUACCGCUGGAUUCUCGAGAAUGACAAAUUCCAAGAAUGGUAUAACGCUUCACGGAGCCAGCUUUUCUGGAUCAAAGGUGACCCUGGCAAGGGAAAAACAAUGUUACUAUGUGGACUCAUCAAUGAGCUUAAGGAAAAACACAUCAGUCUCUUAUCCUACUUCUUUUGCCAAGCUACUGAAGCACGGUUAAGUAACGCGACAGCCGUGCUCCGUGGUCUUAUCUACCUUCUUGUUCUUCAGCGACCUCCGCUUGUCACAUACAUCGAGGAGAAGUAUGCUCAUGCAGGAAAGCAGCUCUUUGAGGAUGGGAAUGCAUGGCAAGCUCUAUCCAAGAUCUUCACGGCAAUGCUUGAGGACCCACUACUAGAUGGCGUACUCCUGAUUGUUGAUGCUCUUGAUGAGUGUAUCACGGACCAAGAGAAGCUUCUUGAAUUGAUAAUCAGGUCUAGCACUGUCAAGUGGAUCGUGACUAGCCGCAACUGGCCGGAAAUCGAACAGGUGCUGGAUCGUUCCACGCAGAAAGUCAGACUGCAUCUUGAGUUAAAUCAAGAUUCAGUUUCCAAGGCCGUUGAGGCAUUCAUCGAAUGGAAGGUGGAGGCGUUGUCUAAAAAAAAGAAAUACGAUGCGAAACUCAAAAGCGACGUCAAGAGCUAUUUAGUUGAGAAUGCUGAUGGCACGUUCCUAUGGGUCGCUUUGGUUUGUCAAGAGCUUGCAGAUGGCAAGGUGCUUCGCAAAUGCCACACCCGCGAGAGGCUGGAGGCAUUACCAAAGGGGCUUGACCCCCUGUACGGAAGAAUGAUGGAAUAUAUCUCAUCUUUACCAGAUGCUGAGCUAUGUAGAGAGAUACUGGCUCUUGCUUCUGUGGUGUAUCGACCCGUUACGUUGGCUGAGUUGGAAACUCUUCUGGGGUCCGAGUACGAGGAUGAAGAUGGCGACCUCCAAGAAGUCAUUAGAUGCUGUGGUUCUUUCUUAACACUUCGGGGAGAUGCUAUCUAUUUCCUACAUCAGUCGGCCAAAGACUUCUUGGUCAAAAAGGCGUUAGACCAGAUUUCACCUUCAGGUCUUUCGUAUCAACAUGAACUGAUCUUCGAGAGGUCAUUGCAGACACUAUCAGAGACUCUGAGACGUGAUAUCUGCAGACUCGGCCAUCCAGGGUUUGCCAUUGAUGACAUCUCACCAGAUGACCUUGGGCCACUGUAUCCCAUUCGAUACUCUUGUGUCUAUUGGGUAGAUCAUCUCCACGACUCUGAGCCCAACAGGCUCAACAGUAAACUGCAAAGCGGCAGUGAUAUCUACGUAUUUAUACAAAAGAAGUAUUUAUACUGGCUAGAAGCUCUCAGUCUCUUGAGCAGCACAGUAGAGGGGUUAAAGGCAAUAUAUAAGCUCGAAGAUCUAGCUACUAGAUUCAGCGCGCCAGACCCACUGAAAAAUUUGCUUCAAGAUGCACGCCGUUUUUUCCUCACUCAUAAGAGUUCGAUCGCGAUUGCCCCCUUGCAAGCCUAUGUCUCAGCACUAGUCUUUAGUCCAGAAUGCAGCCUCAUUCGAGAGCUAUUUCAGCAUGAAGAGCCGGACUGGAUAGCUCUAAAGCCAAGAAUGGAUAAGAAUUGGGAUAAUUGCCUACAAACCCUUGAGGGUCAUGGUCGUCCAGUAAAUUCAGUGGCCGUCUCACCGGACAACCAGCUUCUUGCAUCGGGCGGAGCUGAUGAGACGGUCAAGAUAUGGGAUAUAACAACAGGUGUAUGUCUACAUACUCUUGAAGGUCAUGAUGAUGCAGUCUGUUCUGUCAACUUCCUACCAGAUGGGCAAAGCCUCGUAUCGGCUUCAAACAUUAUCAAGAUAUGGGACACAAAAACAGGAUUAUGUCUAAAGACUAUGGAGGGCCAUGAUCAACUUGUGAAUUCGAUGGUUUCAUCUCUAGAUGGCCAGUAUCUUGCAUCGGGAUCUUUUGAUCUGACAAUAAAGAUCUGGAGUCCAAAAACGGGAGAAUAUCUAAGGACUCUUGAUGGUCACUCUGGUCAGGUUACUUCAGUAGCCUUCUCUCCAAAUAACCAGCAUCUUGUAUCAGCAUCCGCUGAUUGUACGGUCAAGAUCUGGGAUAUUAAAUCGUUCUCAUGUCUACAGACGCUACAGGCUCACGAGGGUAGGAUAUACUCAGUGGCCUUCUCGCCAGAUAGUAAGCGUCUUUCGUCAGUGUCCAUGGAUAGAACGAUCAAAAUCUGGGACGUGGCCACAGGCUCCAGUCUGCCAAUACUGGAUAUCUCCUCGGGAUUCGGGACCGCAAUAGCUUUCUCAGCGAAUGGUAAACUUCUCGCUUUAGGUGGGCCUGGGCCAUUGAAACUCUUAGAUGCGGAAACCGGAACAGUCCUGCAGACUUUGAAGGGCUGUGAUGGUCCGGUAGAGUCUGUAGCCUUCACGACUGAUGGUAAGUAUCUUAUAUCAGGCUCUGAGGAUGGAUUAGUCAGGAUCUGGGCUGUAUCGAUCGAUGCAUGCCCGUUUAUAGCUGAAGGCCAUGAUGAUGGCUUGUACUCUAUUGCAAUUUCGGCAAAUGGCUUGCGAGUUGCAUCAGGAUCCCUUGAUACUACUGUAAAGGUAUGGGAUACCAAAACAGGAACAUGCCUAUAUACACUUAAAGGCCAUUGCGGGGCGGUAAGCUUUGUGGCCUUUUCUGUGGAUAGCAAGCGCUUAGCCUCAUGUUCAUAUGAUUCGACUAUUAAAGUCUGGGAUACUAUGGCUGCUACAUGCCUUUAUACACUUCAGGAUGAUGAGGCGGUAUCUUCAGUGGCCUUCUCAGCAGAUGGACAAUAUCUCGUAUCAGGUGGAAAAGGGUCCAAGAUGUGGGAUGCAGUAACGGGGAAAUGCUUACAUGAAUUUGAGCAUAAUGAUCAUGCGGUCUCAGUGGCUCUCUCCGCCGACAGUCAGUAUCUCGCAACUGGCUUAGAUGACGGGAUAAUUCGGAUCUGGAAGAUCCGAGAAUACAACUUCAGAAUGCUACAGGGACAUACUCAGUCGAUAUCAUCAGUAGCCUUCUCGGUGGGUUCACAGUAUCUUGCAUCUGGCUCUUAUGAUGGCGACGUUGGAAUCUGGGAUUUAGAACAUUACACAUGUCUGCUAAUGAUCGAGGUCAACAAAGACCUCCAUCACCUAUCUUUCGAUUCACGGACAAACUCUCGACUCUACACGGACAUUGGUAUUCUGAAUCUGAACUUUGACGUACCAAAGCCAACGCCCGAGGUUAGCGUCAAUUCAAUUGGGGUAACUGCCUUCCCAGGUUCUGAUCGGUCCCGUCACUAUAUCCAUAUCGAUGGGGACUGGAUUAUGAGAUAUGGGGAGAACGUACUUCGGCUCCCUUUAAAUUAUCGACCCCACUUAUCGGCCAUCGUUAAAUCAUCUAUGGCUAUCUGCUAUGAAUCAGGUCGCGUACUACUAAUGAGGUUUUCUGAAGAUAGAGAUAAUUGGUCGUGUAAAUUGCCCAACUGA